UACACAAAAGUUUGGAUUCCUGACCCUGAUGAAGUGUGGAGAUCAGGAGAAAUUAUCAAGGAUUACAAAGAAGGGGAUAAAAGCCUACACCUGAAAUUUGAAGAUGACACUAUCUGUGACUAUCCAGUUGAUCUCAAAACCAACCAACUGCCCUUCUUGCGUAAUCCAGAUAUUUUGGUGGGCGAAAAUGACCUGACAGCUCUAAGUUAUCUCCAUGAGCCUGCUGUCCUACAUAAUUUAAAAGUCAGAUUCUUGGAAUCGAAUCACAUCUAUACCUACUGUGGUAUUGUGCUUGUUGCCAUUAACCCAUACGAACAACUGCCAAUCUAUGAACAAGAUGUCAUCUACGCAUACAGUGGCCAAAACAUGGGGGACAUGGAUCCUCACAUCUUUGCAGUGGCAGAAGAAGCCUACAAGCAAAUGGCUAGGUAGGUGAUAUGUUGGU